CAAUUAGCCUGAACAAAGUAAGAAAAGGAUUCUGAUUUUCUAUCCAUAUUUGAAAUUUCAUUCGGAUUCUUGAUUCCUUUCCAUGUCCGGAAAAUGAAAUUCAAUAAAUUUUUGUACAACCUAAUUAUUACUCCAUCUUCAAUAAGGAAAACCUACGGUCUCUUGGGUCUAUAUAUAUAUAUAUAUAUAUCAGCGAAGAAGUAAAAUUAGGUAUUACAAAGAUUAUAGCGAAGAGAAUGGCGACAGAUAUGAGUAAAAUUGAUAACAGUCGAUCAGGCGGCGUUAGGGUUUACGUGCCUCCGUUCAAGGUUGCCCGGAUGAUGAACGACGUUAAAGAUAAAAACAGCGAGGAGUAUCAGAGGCUAACCUGGGAUGCUCUUCGCAAGAGCAUCAACGGUCUGGUGAAUAAGCUUAAUGCCGCAAACGUUAAGCAUUUAAUCCCUGAAUUGUUCGCCGAGAAUCUGAUCAGAGGCAGAGGUCUGUUUUGCCGGUCAUGUAUGAAAUCUCAGAUGGCUUCUCCGUCAUUCACUGAUGUAUUUGCUGCUAUGGUGGCUGUUAUUAAUACGAAAUUCCCACAAGUUGGGCAUCUUUUAUUGCGCCGAGUGGUGUUGCAGCUGAGGAGAGCAUAUAAGCGCAAUGAUAAGCCUCAAUUACUGGCUGCUGUGAAGUUCAUUGCGCAUCUCGUGAACCAGCUCGUUGCUCAUGAGAUUCUGGCUCUUGAACUCCUUACCGUCUUACUCGAUAACCCUACUGACGAUAGUGUCCAAGUGGCCGUCUCUUUUGUUAUCGAGUGUGGCUCUACUCUCCAAGAUUUGUCACCGAAAGGUUUCUAUGGAGUUUUCGAGCGCUUCCGGGGGAUUCUUCAUGAAGGAGUCAUUCAUAAGCGCAUUCAAUAUUUGGUUGAGAACCUCUUUGCCAUCAGAAAAACCAAAUUUAAGGGGUACCCGGCUGUUCGUUCUGAACUGGACCUUGUGGAGCAGGAGGAGCAGUUGACUCAUGAGAUCUCGCUCCAAGAUGACAUUGAUCCUGAGAUCAACCUUGAUAUUUUCAAGCUCGAUGCUGAUUUCCUUGAAAAUGAGCUGAAGUAUGAAAAAUUAAAGAAAGACAUCCUCGGUGAGGAAUCUGACGAUGGAGAAGAGAAUCCCAGCUCUGAUGAUGGAGAAGAAAAAGACGAAGUUGAUGAUGAUUAUGAUUAUGAUGAACAGCAGAUGCUAAUACAGGAUGAGACUGAAACUAAUCUUGUCAAUUUGCGGAGGACUGUUUACCUAACCAUUAUGGGCAGUGUAUCGUUUGAGGAGUGCGGACAUAAGUUACUCAAGAUCAAACUCGAGCCAGGGCAAGAGAUGGUAAUAUGCAGUAUGAUUUUGGACUGCUGCAGCCAAGAAAAAACUUACAACCGUUUCUAUGGUCUAUUGGGACAAAGGUUUUGCACGAUUAAAAAAGUAUACCAAGAUAGUUUUGAGGAGUGCUUCGUUCAGCAAUAUUCAAUGAUACAUAGAUUAGAAACAAACAAGAUACGAAAUGUGGCAAUGGUUUUCGCCCAUCUGCUUGCUGCCGAUGCUCUUCCUUGGAACGUAUUAUCCUACAUACGUUUAACUGAAGAUGACACCACAUCUUCGUCUCGUAUAUUCCUCAAGUUUCUGUUCCAGGAGUUGUCGGAGCAUCUUGGUAUUUCUGCUUUGAAUAAGCGCCUUACAGAUCCUACUAUGAGCAACUCUUUUCAGUCUAUCUUCCCCAAGGAUAAUCCCAGGAACACACGUUUUUCAAUUAACUUUUUUACGUCAAUUGGGCUUGGUGGGAUCACUGAAGAUUUGCGCUGUUACUUGAAGAAUAUGCCGCAGCUUAUCAUGCAACAGCAGAAAUGUGACUCGGAAUCUGGGGAUAAUGCUAGUUCAUCAGAGUCAGAGAGUGGCUCAGAUUCUUCAAGUUCGAGUUCCGGCAUUGUUAGAAAACGCAGUAAGAGUUGCAGCAAUGGCAGGCACAAAAGAAGGAAGCUACGAAGGCGGAACUAAAGAAAUAUGAUGUUUUGCAUACUUCAAAGUCUAAAUUUUGACACAAUACAUAUAAAUUUGUAAAUUAGAAAAAUGAUUAGAAAAAAGUUGAAGUGCUAUAAUUUUACUUAAUCUUAGUAUUGUGUUGAUGAGAAA